AUGCCUUCUGCAAUUGAAACCAAAAAUGUAACUAGAAGAGAAAUUCUUGACAUGAUGAAUGAAAAGGAAAAAUUUGAACAACAAUUGAAAUCUCUUGGAGAAGUUUUGCAAUCGCAUGGAGUCGGCAUGGACGAACCUUUAGUGGAUGACCAAGACUUUCCCAGGAAUGACAUUGAUGUACACCAAAUAAGAUUAAUACGUAAUCGUAUUAUUUGUGCACGUAAUGAUUUAAAAGCCAUAAUGGACCGUAUUGAUAAAAGUUUAAAUGCUUAUUUUACACAAAUGAACCAUAAUGAACCUGAAGAACACAUACAUAAUGGACAUUGCAGUUUGAAACCAGAUAAUUAA